UUUUACGUUGUGACAGGGAACACCGCGCCGCUAGGCAUAGAAUAUUACCAUACAUACGAAGCGCUUCACCUGACAAGAGUCCUGCCUUCUUCAUAAUCGGACUACAGGUGACAGGUGAAUAUAUUCAAGUGUCUGUUCCUAUCCAACGUCCAAAGAGAUCGGUCGGGCUAGUGUGGACCUAAGAUUUUAUAUGUAUAUAUAUAAACACACACAUAUAUAUAUAGAUAUAUAGCUUAGGUCUUUUCUUUUCUUUGUUGGCCUUUGUGAAUAAAGGAAUGAAGCCGGGAGAUAUAUCGAGCCAAUGACUAUUGUUUAACCGUGAACUAACUAAUGCACAUUUUGAACUUUCACUGAACAAAAUAUUUCGAUAAUGAAAAUUGUUCUUAAACUUGCUGUACUGUGUGGAAUUUACACUGUUGUAGAGCUGUUAAAUCCAUGCGUGGAAUGUCAAAACGACCAAACCUGUAAAGCUCCAGACUGCUUCUGUUGUCGAGAUGAACUUAACCUCCCUAUUCCAUUAAAGGACACACCACAAAUUGUGUUUUUCACUUUUGAUGACGCCUUAACUGAUGCAGCCUCGAAAUUUUACAGAAAGCUUUUCAACGAAACGCGACUGAAUCCAAAUGAAUGUCCCAUAUCGAUGACCCUAUUCAUUUCACAUCAAGACACCAUCUAUCGAAAUGUAAAUGAUUUCUACAGAAGGGGCAUGGAGAUUGCUUCUCACAGUGUGACACACAGACAUAUGUCAACAUCAAAUUUUCUGGAAGAAGCAAAGAAACAAAAGAGAAACCUGGCCAAGUUGGGCGGUGUACCAGAAGAGGAGAUCGUUGGAUGGAGAAGCCCGUUUCUGGAACCCGUUGGAGAUAUGCAACCUGAAAAACUCAAAGAGUUGGGGUACUUGUAUGAUGCUACUCUUACUUACAGUAAACGAAAGUUGACCGAUAAAGCACCAACACCUUUCACACUUGAUUUUGGCUGGCCCUACGACUGUAAAGUCAAACCCUGUCCUAAAAGGCGCCAUUUAGGAUUCUGGGAAGUACCGGUCGUGUCUUUGUUGGACUACAAACAUUUGUAUGAUUGUGUUUACGUUGAUGGAUGUAAUAAUCCACCACCGAACGAACCUUCCGCUUACCAAUUUCUCAUGGAUAAUUUCAACAGUUACUAUACAACAUCAAGAAUUCCUUUUGGAAUCAACAUGCACUCGUCCUGGUUUUACAUUGCAGAUAGAUUGAACGCCAUGGACAGAUUCAUCAACACACUGCUUAAAAUGGACGACGUCUACAUUGUGUCUGUUGACAAAACAAUCAGAUGGCUUCAAAAUCCAACCCCGCUGAGCGAAUUACACUCUUUUAAACCAUGGAAAUGUGAUCACUUGAAGGAUAGACAUCAAGCACACACGAUGACAAGAAACGGCAGGCAUAACAUGAGAUUAUCACCAGCUGAAACACAGCGGUGGUACAUCCAACAGCGUCUGCGACAAAUUGAAGAAAUGCGACGAGAAAUUGAACUAAAAAAGCAAAGAGAAUUACAAUUACUACAAAGACAAUCUAAUUUUGUUAACAGAGCGUGGUGGUCGCCUCCACAGAGACACCAAAACAAUAUUCAAAGUCCUUACACAAAAGAAAUCCCAAAUGCACAAGCUCUUGCGAUCCCAGCGCAGAAAACAGCACAGGAACCAACCAAGACGGAGAAAACCGUUUCAACAAGGGCAACUGGGAUCUCGGCGAUUGCCUGAGGCAGCUUUCCAGAGUAACUCCCCUUGGUGGAAUAAACCUAUACCUUAUGUACAUGAUUUUAAGUAUAUGGUUGCUUAUUCAGUUACAACGAAGCCGCCAUCCAUAACAUCACCAAAGGCAACAUCAACGGCAUCUCCAACAACUACACACAAACCAACUCCACCAAGAAUCAGAGCAGGAACUGAUUUACUUACAGAAAAGCAGAUCCUAGAACAGCAACGCAGACACCGAUUCAUUCUGGAACAACAGAGGAUAAGGGAAGAGAUGCAGCUUCAGCAACAGAAACAAGAGCUAAGAAAAAACGAAGAAGAGUCGUUUCUAAAACAACAGAAAACAUCAAGAAAUAUACCUCUCUUAGCUUGGAAGGAAUUCAUUCCCUCGUCUUCUAAACACCGAUGAUUAGAAUGAAGAUUAAUCUUGUUUCCUGCAUAAUUCAUAGAGGAUAUAUACAGGUGAUCAACCUCAAGUGCUUUCAUAGUCAAGUUGAAUCGUGUGUAUGUUAGUAAGUGCCUUGUCAGCUGCUAUAACAUUCUAAGUGACAUACACUGAGUUUAUGUGAUUGGUUAGAGAUUCCAGACACUCUACACUGUUCUAUGUAGUUGAUAGUAACUGUUUUCAUUUACAAAUGGUAUAUGUGAAUGUGAAUAUUUUGUACCUUUUUGGUGUACAAUUUCAGUAUGAAUAUUUUGAUCAUUCUGUUUUGGCAGAAUUUAAUUGAUUAUUGAUUGUCAUUUAUAUAAUAAGAGCUGAAGUCCUGUAAAAUGAUGAAUAGUAUCAUUGGAAUACCUUCAAAGCAAGCGCUGCUAGUGUAGCGAGCUCAAAAGAUUAGGACAGGAAAAAUUGGACUAAACACAUACAUCCGAUGACCUUUUAACAUAAAAAAAAUCGUAUAAUCCUAAUGACCGUCCUUUUUUUUUUUUUUUUUAUCUCGCCGAGUCACAUCUCGUUGAACCGAGAUUAUGAACUGAAGUAGACUUUCACAAUUUCAUCCUAGUGUGGUGGUCCCCUGCACAAUGCGGACUGGUAUGCCAUAUUAACCUUACUGCAUAACAAAAUGUAAUAUGGAUCAUAGCUGGGGCAAAACGAUAAAUGCAACGUCAUGGUCUGGGCCUAUGUGGUGACGUCAUAAAACAAAUGUUGCAGUGGCGGAUCUAUAAUUCCUUGGUAUACCAGGUGAUGUGAAACAUGAUGACAACCCCUUUAAUUGUCUUAGGGUUAGUUUAACAAGGCAUGCACGCACGCCUUAAAAAUAUGCCAGUUUACUUAGUUACUAUGACAGAGAAAUUGUACUUAGUUUAUGAAAAGAUGUAAUUUUAAGCUUGACAUUAAAUGAUCGUGAUCAGCUUGAUUACUCAUGUGUUUCUGAAUGAAUCUCAAUGUAUAGUUACCGAUCAGAAAAAUAGGCGAUCGGAAUGUUUAACAUGAAGCAAUCUUGAAUGUAUAUUUAUAUACAAAAUGCCAUCGCUGAAAUACUUAAUCAGUGUGUUAACGAUAAUGAUUCUGUACACUAGGAUGUGGUUCUAAUUUGCUCAAAACAAAAAUCAAUGAUGACAUAAAAUCUAAGGAUUUCUAUGAAGAAUUUUUAUCCUAAUUUGCGAUCUUCAUUACAAAACAUUCGUUUUUGUGGGGUUUUUUUCUUUUCAAACAACAUUUAAUGUUUGAGGCUAUGUCAGGCGCGCAUAAUUAUGAAGGUAGGGAGACCAAUGGUCAGACCCCCCGACUCGGCUUGGUAGAAAAUAUAGAUAUACUUGAAAUGUGAAAUAUGUGCCAAAUUAGAAUUUUUUAUGUUUUGAAUUGGUUUCAAUUGUGGGUGUUUGAAUACUGAGCAGAUGACGGAUUGUAAUAGUGCCAAACUUCUAUUUACAGAAAUUGUACUAAUAAAAUAUUAUAACACCCCUGAA